CGUAUGUCUAGUGUGGAUCGACACAGCGUGAUGAUUGAAGGCGAAGUUCAUCGUUUGCGUCAGCGUCGACUGCAGAGUGAUGUGGAUUUCCAGAUUGCUCGACUGCGGCAACACCUUGCGGUGGCUAGCAGUCCCGCGCCAUUAGUGCGCUGCGAAUAUGUCGGCUAUGAGCUCGAUUUUGACAAGGUUUCUAUGCUCGUGUGCGGUGGUCUGGAUCUCAUAGCAUUUCUCCUAGCUACGGUUCUGCUAUUUCGACGCUGGAGGGUGCAACGGCGCUGCAUGGAAAAUCAUCAUGAUGAAAAUAAUGAAAACGAAAAGCCAUCCUCAUAUGAAAAAUCCGCAAGAAGAAGUCUCAGCUUAGCGGCGAACGUAAAAGCAAAAAAUUUGAAUUUUCGGGAUUCUUCUUUUUCUGGAAGGACACGAGAAGCCUCCAAAGCAAAGUGCGACAAUGCAGUGUGGCACCAAACAGUUCAAGAGAGCGAGUUUCUGUCAAAGGACUCCUCGAUUCUCACGAGCGACCCAUCUUCCUCAUCUGAGCAAAGCGGGCAGAGCGAUACAGUAAGUAGUGGGUCCGACUCUGGUCGUAGCACGAGUACUGUCGAGAAGCGAAAUGAAAAUGCCUUGCGAAAAGACACCACGAUUCGUCGAAUAACGCCGACGAGACAUUAUCUUCCAACGCCGAAGCAGGGGAAAAAACGCUCGAGCUAUGACAUUUUUCCGAUUGAGCAUCUGGCGUCUGUGCUCUUCUUGCUUGCGGUUCCCUGGGGUUUUGUUGUCGCGCAGCUGCUCCUAAAUCCAAAUGUUAUCCUCGAUAGUGAGACAGACGGCGCCGUGUAUCUCUGGCUGCUGCCCUUGGGCACUUUGUUGCACCUGUGCACUUUGUACCUCGGAGGAGUACGAGCGGACGAUAGCGGUCGUACUGAGACUCGAUC